GGGAUGGCUUCCUCCGAGACACAACCUCGCUUCGGUCAAUCUGUUAAAGGUUUAUUAUCUGAUAAAGUUACUUCUUGUAGUGGAGAUGUCAUCGCUCUAACUCGUCAAGUGUUAAAAGGAUCCCGCAGCCAAGAACUACUCAGUCAGGCAGCGAGAAAUAUGGUCAUUCAAGAAGAUACCAUUCUGCACUCUGAAGAUAGUCUACGGAAAAUGUCUAUUAUAACCACCCACUUGCAAUAUCAGCAAGAGGCUAUUCAAAAGAAUGUGGAACACUCAAAAAAUCUACAAGACCAGCUGAGACAUUUGAUGAAAUAAUGAAGCUGAGCUCUUCUAAGAUCACACUGUGAAUUCAGCCUCCUUUUCGUGUGUUUUUUAUUGAUCUUUAGCAGUAAAUCGUGCAUUGUGUAGCAAACGCUGCUUACCUUCUUUAUGAAUGCAGAUGAUGGUAUUGUAUAGAAGAUUGCUCUUAUAAAAAAUACACAACCCAAUAAUGUCUACUAUUGUAAUCUGCUACCGGAUGGCCCCUGCAAAAUUUCCACAAGACCUUCAAGUGAAGGCUUUUCUGUAAGAAAAUCUUUUCAUAUUUGUCUUUUCGAACUGAUAGUAAAUCAACAAAAAAUGUGUUUUGUCUUUCUGUCUUAAGCAGGACAAGGUUACGUAAGAACAUUUGCUUUGAUUCAUUAGCUUUUUAAGGACUUGUUCAAAAGGAAGUUCUAUUUACAAAUUGUGUUUUCUUGUUAUAUUAUUUAUGUCUUGUUUCAUAAUGUUGUUGUGCCAUAUUAACUUGAAUAUAUUUCUAUAAAAUUUCACACAAAACAUUUCUAA